AUGAACCGCGCAAUGGACGACAAGAACUCCUGUGUCAACGGUGCAAGUGCAUGUACCACUCAAGUUGCUUUUGUCGGCAAGAUCCAAAGCUACAAGCAGCGAAGCGACUCGUCUACCAAAAACCGCAGUAGUCGUUGUGCCAAGUCUUUCUUUACAAUUCGAGGAAAAAGUGAGGGUAAUGAACGAUCAAGAACAGGAAAGGAUGAAAAUGGUUCUGGUUCAGAGAUAGAAAGACAGUGUUUGACGGAUUUAGCCUUGCGUGGCGGAAAUAACAUCAUUGCCACGAUUUUGGAUCAGAUAGGAGAAAUGCUAGUAAUCACACAAAUUCUUUCAAGAAAGGUAAUUGAUGGCAUGAACCCGUACUGGCUCGAAAGUGUUAGAGAUCUAAGGCAUGAUAAGAGUGACGAUGAGAGGGCUAACGCGAACAACAAUGAUUUAAAGAGUGAGCAACAACAACAUCAAGAACAGGAUGCGUGUACGCCACCUCCACCACCACCUCCUUUUCGACUGGUUCCAACAUCGUCACUUGCAUACGCUUUUACUGCUGCUUCUUCUCAGAUUGCUGCAAUGAACGAUUGGGUCGCCACUGCAAUAACUGGGGCUUCAGACAAAGAUCAUCUGCUACGUCGAGUAUACAAUGGAAUGGACACUUUGAAGCGGUUGCUGGAGCAGCUGCAAGUUGCAGACGUUCUGUUUGAGAGUGACCUUAUCAAAGAGAUCAAAGUCAUUUUCAAUCAAGAUUGUAAGACUGCAUCUAAUGGUAGUAAGAAGCAGAGAUCCGGAACAGCUGGUCGAUCUACAUCGGGCUUAAAGGGAGAAAAUGGUUCGAGCCGCUUGUAUUUAUUGAAGCAAAUUCAGACUCGAUGUACAACAUUAUCAACUGUCCAGAUUGCAUGA